UUCCGCCAUUUUGCGCGUUGCACUUUCUCCCAUUUAUAAAAAUACGAGUCCGUCUUUCUAUAAAUAAAAUGUUUGUUUUUACCACGAUCUCUUUAUGAAUAUUUUGAAGCGUCAAAGUGGUAGUUGUGUGGACUGUCUCGAAUGAAUCUUACGGGUUUGUAACGACAUGAGGGUAUUGAUUGGUUGGAUGGAUGUGGCCAUUGGUCAUUGGUGUUGGCUGUAUUUGUCCCUCCCCCCGUCUCCUCUCUGAUCUGAGGUUAGUUUGGUGAAGCAGCGUCUCUGUUCACAGACAUCAUGGAAAUACAUUAAGAUCAAGAUAUGGACUUCUGUGUGUUUACUGCAGCAUCACCACGCUCUGACGGGCAGGAGAUGAUGAUGUUCGCCAGCAGAGAUCGUGACAUUCAGCGUCUGGAAGAGGAAGUGCGAAGACUUCAGCGGCUGCUGCAGGAAGUGCAGGAGAGAACGGCCAAUCACAUCGCACUGCUGCAGCAGCAGCUAGCCAAUAAAUCACAGGACAUAGAGAGACUCCAGGCCAAGUUACAAUCACAGCAGGACUAUGAGAAGAUCAAAACAGAGCUCAGGACUCUACGAGCGCUGACACAGACGGCAGAUGAUCCUCAUGUUGUGUCGGUGUCCUCCCCUCCAUCAGAUGUCAGUAGCGUCUCUGUUGAUAAUGAUCAUGUGAUCCAGAGGGAGCUUCAUUACUUCCUUGGAAAAGAGGAGCCGUUGAGUGAAUCCUGCCCUGAUAUCUCUGGACUUCCUGUGGAAAACAGGAGAUCACCAUCAUCAUCAUCAUCAUCAUCAUCAUCAGUAAGCCUCCAUAUGUUUAUUAAAGAAGAGAAUGACUCUGACGGGGAUAUCAACUGUGCCGUGGAGUCGGACGGGUUCAUGGACGAGGAUGAACGUGAGUUUGACACGGCUAGAAUAGCUCAGCAGGUCAAAGAGGCGCUUCAGCAGCAGAACAUCGGUCAGCGUGUGUUCGGUCACUAUGUGCUGGGACUUUCUCAAGGAACCGUGAGUGACAUACUGGCCCGACCCAAACCCUGGAGUAAACUGACCAGCAGAGGACGAGAACCCUUCCUGAGGAUGAAGCACUUCCUGUCCGACGAGCACAGCAUCCACACACUCCGCAUCAUCCAGGAGAGACUGAGAGGCAUCGUCCCGUGGGUUCGUCCUCCAGAGAUGAGCUCAGAUGAGGUGAUCAGGAACAUUCUGGAUCAGAGCCGACUGGAGCUGAUGGAUGUGGACAGCAGGUCUCUGCGCGGAGGAGACGUAUCAGAGGACAUUAUCAGAAACAUCCUGCAUCAGGCCGAACAUGAGAUGCAGCUCCAGUCGCAUGUGACGAACGAGACAGCGCGCAACACUGUGAAGCCGGAAGAGGUGGAUUAUGGGACACUUAAUCCCAGUGUUCAGUCGCCAUCUGAUUUUGUCCAAAGCAUCAUCCGAAAGGUCAAAUGUGAAAUGGAUGUAGACACUCACCCCUCAGCUUCUCCAGCUUCUCUGUCCUCCAUCAACCGCUCGUUCCGGACGCUUCCUGUGGAUUCGGGACCGAGGACGCAGGCGGAUUUCCAGCUGGUGUGUGUUGAAAGCUGUGAGGGUGAGGGUCUGACCGGCCUGGAUCUUCAGUCACUGGAGCUGGACACCAGCAGCAUCACACAGAGAGUGAAAGAAGCUCUCGCACUCAACAACAUCGGUCAGCGUGUGUUUGGCGAAGAGGUUCUGGGUUUAACUCAAAGCUCGGUGUCUGAACUGCUGUCUCACCCCAAACCCUGGACUAAACUCAGUCUGAAAGGAAAGGAGAACUUCAUUCGGAUGCAUCGGUGGCUCCAAGACCCUCACAAUGUCCAGAGACUGACCAAGAUUGACCAGAGAGCUCGCCUCAAGCGUGAUUCACAGAGGACGUUAGAUGGACACGGGUUUUGUCUUGGCGAUCAUACAGGAGCGUUCGAGGCGGUCAAGAGGCCGCGUGUGGUGCUCAGCGUUCAGGAGAAGGACGCGCUGCGAGCGGCGUAUCAGCUGGAACCGUACCCGUCUCAGUACACCAUAGAGAGACUGGCGUCACAGCUAGGUCUUCAAAGUAGUACCGUCAGUAACUGGUUCUACAACUACAGGUCCAGAAUCAGACGAGAUGGUUUAACUGAACCAGUUCAAACCAGAACAGUUCAAAGUCCAGCCAGAACAAGUCCGGUUUCAAGCAGUUUAGUCCCGAUCAAACAGGAACCCAGUGAUCCUGAGAUGGAGGACGACACACAACGACACACUCGUGUUUCUGUCGCCGUACAGGCCGUCACGAGCGUCAAGACAGAGAAAGUUGAAGAUCCGGCGUCUUUCUGAGCUGUGAGAAGAACGAGGUCAUAUGAUGAAGAAAAAUCUCAGGAACAAAACUAGAUCUUCACCAACUUACAUUGUCCUUUGAUUUCUAAAUAUGACUCAUCAAUUUCAGUAUAUUUAUCUUUAUUUCAUUCAUAAAUUUAAUUAGGAGAAAAAGUGAACCCUGAUUGGCCAAAUGUCUAUAAUUUUUUUUUUUUUUUUUAGUAUGGCUGAAUAAUAAUUGUUUGUUUGAUAACUACUCAUGUCAGUUCACUUAUAUUCAGUUUGGAGACUAAAUGGUAAAGGAUGGAAUGUUAAAGUUUGCUAAUAAAUAAGUCACUUUUGGUGACUGAUAAAGUUGAAGUCUAAAUCUUAUUUUUUACUUUUUGUUUUGUUCCAAUUGUGAUGUUGAUAAAAGCCCUUUUAAAUAUGUAAAUACAAAUGUUUUAAAUAAUAAACAAUGUAUUUUUAUUAAAAGAA